AACGGAAUUUACAGAGUGCACACACACACUGCAUUUGAAACCGCGGGAGUCGGUACUACACCUAAAAUUCCACAAAAUUUGUUUUUUUUUGUUACGAAACUUGGAAAUUGUCGCUUUUAGUUUUGUGUUUAAAGUUUGUAUUCUUGAUAACUGUUAAAUAAUUUUAGUUUUAUUUUUUUUUUCAAAUUGUUUGAACAGUGUUGAUUUUUUAUUGUACAAAUCAUGUUUGUUGUGUUUUAUCAAGUGUAUUAAAAUUCAGGAUUCUUUACUAUUAACUUAUUGGUGUUGUGUGUACAGUUAGUGUAUAUAUAUCUAGUUGAGUUUAGUUGGCUAUGGCAGAAGGUAAUGGUGAGGUACCGGAAGAACCAAUGAAGAUAGACGUCGAACGCACCGAAGACUACCAGAAGCUGCUGGAAUAUGGGCUGGACGAAAAAGUUGCUGCGAAAUUGGACGAGAUCUAUAAGACUGGCAAGUUAGCGCAUGUUGAUUUAGAUGAAAGAGCAUUAGAUGCGCUAAAAGAGUUUCCCGUUGACGGGGCGCUCAAUGUACUAGGUCAAUUCCUCGAUUCAAACUUAGAACACGUGUCCAACAAAUCGGCGUAUUUAUGCGGAGUCAUGAAGACCUAUAGACAAAAGAGUAGAGCGGGGACCAGCGGCUCGGCGGGUGCGGCCACUCCCGCGCCAGUGCCCGUCAAGGGACCCGAUGAAGAAAAGAUCAAACAGAUUUUAGACCGAACCGGAUACACCUUGGAUGUAACAACUGGUCAAAGAAAAUAUGGGGGACCACCGCCAGGCUGGGAGGGCGCGCCACCCGGUUCUGGUUGUGAGGUAUUUUGUGGAAAAAUCCCCAAAGAUAUGUACGAAGAUGAGCUUAUACCAUUAUUUGAAGAAUGUGGCAACAUUUGGGACCUUAGAUUAAUGAUGGAUCCCAUGACGGGUACCAAUAGAGGAUAUGCAUUUGUAACAUUUACAAAUAGAGAUGCAGCGCAAGUAGCAGUCCAAAAGCUGAAUGAUUAUGAAAUACGGAAAGGCAAAAAGAUUGGCGUUACCAUAUCUUAUAACAAUCACCGGUUAUUUGUGGGCUAUAUUCCAAAGAACCGGGAUAGAGAUGAUCUUUUGGAAGAAUUUUCCAAACAUGCACCUGGGCUAAUGGAAGUUAUCAUUUAUUCAUCGCCCGAUGACAAGAAAAAGAAUCGCGGAUUUUGUUUUCUGGAAUACGAAUCCCACAAAGCGGCAUCUUUAGCAAAGAGAAGAUUAGGCACUGGCCGUAUUAAAGUUUGGGGUUGUGAUAUCAUUGUCGACUGGGCUGAUCCUCAAGAAGAACCUGACGAACAAACUAUGUCUAAGGUCAAGGUCCUCUACGUAAGAAACUUAACUCAAGAAAUAAGCGAAGAGAAAUUGAAGGAGGAGUUUGAGCAAUUUGGCAAGGUGGAAAGGGUAAAGAAAAUAAAAGAUUACGCUUUCAUACAUUUCGAAGAUAGGGACAAUGCCGUUAAGGCAAUGGAAGCAUUGGAUUCUAAGGAAUUGGGAGGUUCUAAUAUCGAAGUCUCAUUGGCGAAACCUCCGUCUGAUAAGAAGAAAAAAGAAGAAAUUCUGAGAGCUCGUGAACGAAGAAUGAUGCAAAUGAUGCAAGUUAGAGGCGGAAUGAUGCCGGGAACAAUGCCUUUAAGGGGUCCGCCUGGAGCUGCCGGCCCAAGGGGAACAAGCGGUGGCAUGAGGUCAGCACCUAUGGGAAGGGGCGAUUAUGAUUACGAUUACGAGUAUUACGGUUACGGGGACUAUAGAGGCGGCUACAGUGAUCCCUAUUAUGAUGACUAUUAUAGAUAUGAAGAUUAUUAUUACGAUUAUCAGCCGGCCCCAACAUCAUCUAGAGGAAGGGGUCGGCAACCUACUUCGGCUGGUCGUGGGCGUGGAGUGGUGGCACGUGGCCGGGCCGGUGGCCCCCCAGCCCGUGGGGCGGCAGCCAACAGAGCGGGCCGGGGCGGAGCAACAGGGGCCCGUGGGGCAGCACGCCAAGCCGCUCGUGGAGUGGGCCGCGCCAAGGCAAGUUUACCAGCAGGUAAGCGAAAGUUUGACGGGGGUCACCAGAACCAGGGGGAAACUAAACGCCGAUUCCAGAGCAACUGGGGAAGCCAGCCCCUUCCGCAACAGCCGCUGGGGGCGGACGUAAACGGUGAACAGCAGGCGUGGUACCAGGAUUCGUACGGCUCCUGGAGCUAAGUCAAGUGAACGGACAUUGAAAGCCCACAGUGAGACUGAAAAAUGUGAGUGGCCCUACGUCAAAAAAAGAAGGGCAUAAAUGAGGCCGGGGCGCACCCUCUAGUGCCUGCUAUAGUAGGGUGUUGAAUCGCUCCAAAUGAAUUAUUGUACUGGGAACUAAUUUUUUUGUAGGUUCACGCAUAGAUAAUGUGUAUGUAUAUUUUCUGGUAAUCUGGUCUCUAAAUUUAUUUAUAUUUAAUGUUUGAUAAAUGGAAAGUUUAUAUAAGACCAGAAAUUUUUUAUCUAGGAUUUUUUUAUAAAAAAAAAUCGAUAAUUUCGACCGUCCGCUAUAUUUGAAGAAUGAAUUUUCGAAUUACACAUUGUUUAUUCGUGAUCACAAAUAAAUUGAAAUAGUUGGUACAAUGAAUUUUGGCGGAGGAUUGUUUCGGCAGAUGCGAAUAUUAGUCCGUGCGCGCCAGCCUGAUCAGCUGAUGGUGUCCCCAAUUCUACGUUAAUAAUUACCUAUUCUGCAUUCGUUUUUUUUUAAAUUCAAUAUUCAUUUAAUAUUUGAACUUGUUAUUGGUACAAUCAAAAUUCUUUUGCUGUACGUUUGUUGUUUGGAAAUUAAAUUUAUUCAAUUAAAUUGAUUAAGUUAAAAAUUUUGCAUUAUGUUUUACUAAUGUUGUUUUGUAGUCGUAGAUAUUUAGAAGAAAACACGUUUAAUCGGUUCUUAUUCAAAAAUUGUUUUUAACAUCAUGUUUAGAUGAUUUUCUAAAAAUCUUCGACUUUUCGGGCGUAGCGCGUUCCCAGUUCUGGCGAUCUACUACAAUCAAAUUUCGGGACGCCAAUAAAGCCUACUCGUUGAUAGUCUUAUUUUUUUAUAGUUAUACAUCUAUUGUCGGUUGAGCGGUUUGUUCCCCGCGUCAUGCCGUAUUUAAAUGUUUUUUUUUAUCUACUUGAAUUUAUAACGAGCGGUCUAAUAUUAUAUUCCAAAGUGUCACAUCACUGCGUCAUUUUGUUUCUUUUUAAUAUCUUUUUAUUUAUCAGUUGAUUCAAGAAUUGAUUUUUUUAUAGUUUGGAAUUCGUUGUAUGUGACAAGCAUGGGUUUGGCACUGAGGCAUUUUAACGACAGUCUAUUGUUCCGUUUAUUUUUUCGGAACGAUCGAUUGUUUAUAUAGAGGGACUCUACUCGGUUCAUGUUUAUGCGCUACAGAUUAAAAAUUCGUAUUACACCAACACUUAGAAUUACAAAAUUGCACUAUCUGGUCCUUCGAGCCGUUUAUACAAGAAUCGAAGACCAGAUAGUGUAAUUGUGAGUGCUGGGCUUGAUAGAAAAUAUAUAGCAAUGAAUAAAAUUCACGUGGAAAAGGAAAUUGAUUAUAUUUUAGUCUGUCGCGUAUAUUAUAUAAAAUCGUUCCUCAUGGACAGAGUAAAUUUUAUUAUAUAUGUAUAAUAUAAUUAUAUAUUUUAUUCUUGGUAAUGCAUUUUUGCAUUGUGAUGAUUGUAUUUUAGCGGUAAUUUAAGGAGUUCAAAAAGCAUAUACUUCUGUUUUCCGGCCCAGAUGAUAAUAUUAAUCGAAUGUAGGUUUUCGUUGUCGGAACUUUUUUUUUGAAAACUUUAUUUAUAUUUUGAGUGCGAACCAAAAGGCGCUUUCGAAUCUUUUUAUAAAACCUUAGAAAUCAACCUAAUCAUAUUUCUAAUGGAAAAAUCUUUUUUAAAAGAAUACAAAUCCAAAAUUUUUCUUAGAAAAUAUUGUCAAUUAUUGUGGUGGUUGAUGAAACAUCCUCAACCUUGAUCUUGUUUAAUGUAUAAAACGGAAUGUUUCAAUUUCUUUUUAUUUUUUCGUUUUCGUUUAUUUUGUAUUAUUUCCAAGGUUAUGAAAUCGACUCCUAAGGUUCAUUUUCUAUUUUAUCGUUAGUUUGAAACAUUUUCAUAUAAUGAGAGUCCAGAACAUUUCUCAGAAUGUAUUUUGUUCUCCCAAGUAAUCCGUUUUCCAUUCCUUAUAAAAAACGCAUCGACGGAAUUCUUGAUUUAAUUGAAUUGUAAUUUUUAUUGAGCAAAAAAUUCCGAUUAUUUAUCCAUUGUUAUCUACAAUGAAUGAUAAAGACCCAAAAAGAAUGGUUGGAACGUAUUUAUUUUACGUUUCAUGAAAAAGUCUUUGGAUCACAAUUUCAAUCCUUUAAAAAAAGGCUCUUUUUUCUAUGGGUUUUCAUGCUUUCCGUUUAAAGAUUGUUACCCCAAUACCCUCUAAUCAAACAGGAUAUUAAUUCAAUCAAAUUGUAAUUUUAUCGAGUGGAAAAUCCUUUGAUUUACCCAUUAUUAUCUAUAAUAUGCAUUAUAGACCAAGAAAACGUUUUUUAUGUAUCCAUUUUAAGUUAUCAAAUUUUCAUCGAAAAGUCCUUGGCACAAGGUUGAAAUGAUCUUUUCUCUUAUUGUAGUAGUAGAAGCAAAUCCCAUGGAUUUUAAAUAUUUCUUAGGAUUAUCCUAUUUUCUAUCUCUUUCCCUACUUUUUAUUCAAAACAAAGAAUUGCUUUCCACUUAUCAGCCAAUGAGAAAAAUCUCAAUUUUAUCAAAUUGUAACUUAAUAACCGAAUGCAAAAUCCUCUGACUUACCCACUUUCAUCUAUAAUAAACGGUAUAGGUCUAUAAAAAUGUUUGGUUUGUAUCCAUUUUAGGUCACCAUAAAGUUUACAUGGAAAAGUCUUUGGAACACGGUUGAAAUAAUCUUCUCUAUUAUUUAGUAGAAGCAAAUCCUAAAGAUUUUAAAAAUAAUCCUAUUUUUCUAUCGGUCUCCAUGCUUUUUAUCUAAAAGGAAAUAUGAUUUUCCAAUUUUUAGUUCUUUACAAACCUCAAUUUAAUCAAAUAGUAACUUUAUUGAGUGAAAAACCCGUUGAUUUACCCAUUUUUAUAGGUGAUAGAAGAUGUAGAUCCUAAAAUCCAAACGGAUUACACAUUUUUAUUGAGAUAACUUUAUUUUUCUAUUACACUCCAUACUUUUCGUUGAAAAGAAAAAAUGGUUUUCCACUUUAUCACUUUCUAUCUUUUAGGCAACCUCGGAAAUCUUAAUUUAGUAGAAUUUCAACUUGUAUGAGCAAAAAUCUCAAUAAUUCACCAAUUUUCAUAGAUAAUAAAUGAUAGACCUAAGAAGAACCGUUGGGACUAUUCUUUUGGGAAAUUUCAUGAAAGAAAUUUUCAAGACACAGUUGGUUAUCAUUUUUGUUGUUUCACUGUCAAUUACUAUAAUAUAUCAACAUCCUUUUAUUUAGUCUCCAAUGGGUAAGAGCGCGAUGAAAUGAGAUAGUUCCACUUUUGAUCUUUUGAGCUUUUUUCUUAUUGAAGCAAUAGUAAUUUGUAGUCGAAAGUAGGAUAAAAUAGGAGCUACUUAUUUCGAUAUUUCUAUUUUCUCAAGUUGUCGCAGGCUCCGAAGCGGAUUACAGCUAAGACACUCAUUUGCAAUGAUAGAAUUUUUGUUAUACAUACAUUUUGCUUCGGCUUAACUUGUCCCUCUCCGAUUUUAUAUUUAGAAAGUUUCAGUUAUGAUUUUUUUUGUUUCGAUUUUAGUGUGAAGUAGCUAAUCUUUCAAUAUUUGUACCAUAAACGCCUAAUAGUAACACGUUUUUUUGCAUUUUUAAUACAACACAAACCAUACUACUGUAUCGAGUCUCAAAUAAGUCUCAAAUAAGCCGUUGUAUUUUAAAGAGAAUUCGUUAAAUUUGGCGCGAAAUUACACAUCAAGACUUCGAAAGAAAUCUUUUUAGAAUACGUACGGUGUCGUUUGAGAUGCGUUUUAUGCAAUUUCAUACUGUACUCUGUAUUUUUUCAUUAUUGAUAUAAUUUGGUCGAAGCCCCUUGCCUGCUUCAGACUUUUUGUUAUUUUGUAUCAUUCUAUCAAUUAUGAGAGGACUGAUGAUUUAUAUGUCUCAAUAAACAGUUGUAUGUGUAUUACAAUUUUA